AUGUCGAACCCCAUCCAAACAACCCUAGCAACAUACCUGUUCACCCGCCUCAACCAGCUGGGAAUCCACACAGUCCACGGCGUCCCCGGCGACUUCAACAUCCCAAUGCUCGGCUUCAUCAAACCGGCAGGCCUGCACUUCGUUGAAAGCACCACCGAGCUCAACGCCGCCUACGCAGCAGACGCCUACGCCCGAGUCCGCGGCGUCUCAGCCCUGAUAACCUCCUACAGCGAAGGCGACCCAACAGCCAUACCAGCCAUCUCCCGCGCCUACGCAGACAGCGUACCCCUAAUCCUGAUAGCGGGUGUGCCCACUAUCUCAUCGCAAAUGAAAACGCCCAGUCCAAAGGACUCAAUCCCGCGGCCUGACUCGUGGUGUACGCGCUCAAUCUCGAGCAUCAGCAGCCACGGCCCCGAGAACGAGGAUGCAGAUGCAGAGCAAGAAGCAGAACCAGGCAAACACGACUUCCGCCGCUUCGCGCAGCUCUACAAGCCCGUGACCGCCGCCCAAGCAAGCCUGUUCUUCCGCUGCGCCGCCGCAAAGGAAAUCGACCGCGUGCUGGAGAUGUGUAUCCGGAGCUCUCAGCCCGUCUACAUCGAGGUUCCCGUCGAUAUGCUCGGCAUGAAAAUCAACUCCUAUAGUCUGGACCGGCCCAUCAACACGCAGGAGCGCUGCAACCGGCCGCACCAUGAACGGUCCCUCGUGCAAAAGACAGUGGACCUUCUCUUGAACGCUACGAAACCGCUUAUCAUCAUCGACGCUCUGACUGGCCGCUUCGAUCUCGCGAACGAGGCAGCCGAGCUGGUUAGACUGUCUGGGUGGCCGGUGUUCGCGACACAAGCGGGCAAGGGGUGCAUUGACGAGACGCUCCCCAGCUUCGUUGGCAUCUACCCCGGGCCAAACGGAGAGGGAGAACUGAGGGUUGCUUCAGCGCACAAUAGCGACUGGGCGUUUGCGCGCAGCUACCUGAGCGAGGCAAACCUGGUCAUCCGCUUCGGGGCGCCCGAGUCUGCCAUCGGCGCUGAAUCCAGCCCGUUGCCGUGUCUGUCUGGUCCGGAUCCACGACGCACACUCGACAUCAGUAGGCGGCGGAUCCGCUUCCCUGGAGACCCGUCACAAUGUACGAGCUGCGAGCCGCCGAAUACAAAGGAUAUCCUGAGGGGUGUGCUGGAUAAGCUCGUCGAGUCCCGCCACCAUAUCCUCCUCUACCCGCAUCCCAUGCCUCUGUUCGCGAACUCCCAGGACCGGUUAAGGGCGCUGAUACCCGUUUGCCCGGAUGCUCUGAUUGACGGGGAGACAUUCUGGCCGGAGAUCUCGCAUUUCCUGAAAGAGAACGACGUUAUCGUCACGGAGACUGGAAAUGGAACCGGGUCUUAUACGCCGACCGGUGCAGGUACUCCAUCAAAAACGAAGAAUAUACUGGCAGGUGCAAACGACCUCAUCCUCCCCGCCAACACGAACAUGAUAACCACCUCUGCUAGAUGCGGCCUCGCAGCAUCCAUCGGCGUCUCCCGCGCAUCAAGGGACCGAUACAGCCAGAACUGCGGCGAAACCCCACGCAGCCGGACAAUCCUCUUCAUCGACAACCGCAGCUUCAAGAAAUCAGCACCGGCGCUGCAGGCCAUCUUCAGGAAUAAGCUGAAUCUCGUGAUCUUCCUCCUCAACCGCACGAAAACACACUCGAAUACAAACUCGAAUACAAGCUCAACGGAUACCGAGGCAGAUCUAUCUCCCACACUCCCAAGCAGCGCGUACAACACCAAGAAAAACACCAACCGCGAAGCCUCUAUCCACGGCACAUCAGCCAGCCGCGGCAACCCAAUCGUGCUCACCCAAGACAUUCCGCAAGCGCAAAACCAGACCUGCGCACUGAAGGUCCUCGACGCCGUUCUAUCCAGCGGUGCGCCGAAGCGCGAUCCCUUGUACCCGGUUACCACGCGGAAAGCUGCGACAUGGGGACAGCUGAAGCACGUUAUUUCUGACGGGAGAAUAGCGUCCGGACGCGGGUUCUCUCUAAUCGACGUGUCAGUGUGUAUGCCUUGCGACUUUGGCGUGCACCUGCAGCUGCAGGAGAGCCAGAGCGCCACCAGCCAGAACAGCCGCGACAGCCAGUAUGAGAUGCGGUAUGCGGAUGCGACGAACUGGCCGUUACCUGUGGCAGUGUGGCAGGAGUUCGCGCGGAAUCCGUUUCUCAGCUCGGUUGGGGGAGAUCGCGCGACGUGCCGGGGGUUGUCUAGGGCGGUCCAGGGACACGACUGGGAACCUGCGGCUGUCUGGGCUGCGGCUCCACUGCAGGAUUCAGGUCACACUGGCAGCUCCGCUGGGGAAUCGAUGGUGGAUGUCGUCCAAGACUCCAUUCUGGGAUCUAUUGAGGAGCUUGAAAGUUUUCUCGAGGAGCAUAUGAAGGCGUCGAGUCGGGAAACCUUACCCAUCGAACAAGCCCAGGCGACCGGUAUUGAAGAACGCAUCCAGCAUCCACUUCACGUUCGGAAACCCGGCACCAAAGCUCUCGGAAUCCAAGACCAAAAACAAAAACAAAACAAUGACGAGAUAUCCGUUUGCCCGCCGCAAUCCAACCCACAAGUCCCCGCAAAACCCAGUUCCCUGUCUCCCCAUUUACUGAGACCUCCAAAUCGGCCGAAUACAGCCCAAAAGAAGAGAAGAGUGCCUCCGUGCCUCUUUUCCUUCACCCGGUGCUUCAAGAAAGAGCUCUGCCCUCAAGUGUCCCCGCCAGAAGAAUCUCGGGAGAUAUCGGCCUGGGACACGGACUCUUCAGUCUCGGAGCACCCGGAGCCCAGGCCUGCGCCGCGCCUUCAGCCUAAGGCCCAGCGUGAUUUGUUGCUGGGGGAUCUUUGUGGGUGGUCGUGGAGGUUCGGGAAGCGGCGGGCGACGGAUUGA